AGAAUGAAUAAAAAAUGAAACAAAAUAAGCAAUACAAACAAAAUGAAAUAAAAAACAAAAAAACAUGCAUCUUAGGGUCAAAGAGCUUAAAGAACCAAGACCUAAAUGGAGAUGGUAAAGUAAACGAAAGAAAGAGGGCUUUAGAGACCUACCCAGAAUCAGAUGCUAAAAAGAGGACCGAUCUAAAGAAAAAAAUGAAAGAGAAACGAACUUGGACUUCAGCUUUCGGCUUAAAAAAUGAACUUGAAUAUUACUGGACUCAAGAUUUUAGUUUUGGAGGACGGACUUGGACUCCAGAUUUUGGCUUUGAAUGGAAGCAUACUCGAACUCGCUUAAGUGAUAAUAAAUUUUGUGCAGCUAUUAUUAAUAAACGUGAAGUAUUUUGCAAAUGUAGACAAAAGGUUAUUCUUGAUAACGAUUAUGAUGAAAAAAGGCUUAACGAACAUUCUAGAAACUCAAGAUGUAAAAUAAAUAACUAA